CAGUGAGCACCAAACAACCGUGCUGCCGCAGCGGCUGGCAAGUCAGAUCCCGAGGCCACUCCAGCAAUCCUUCUUACAAUUCAUGUGAAAUACCUACUGCAGGACAAAGCAUCUGACAAUUUGGAGGUUGUUUCUGUAGUCCUCGCAAUCCACAGUGAAUUAAAGUCUAGACUCGGUGAUUCUUCAGGGUCGGGGAGGAGGGAGAAGCAGCAAAUCGGAUAUGGCCAAAACAUUACAGAGGUAACAAGGAAUCAAGGAUGCUGUUGCCAGUCUGUGCAUCGUGAGGGAGGCAAGAAGAGCCGAGCCACCGCGGGAGCAGGAACAGCAGCAUUCUCUGAAGCAGUCACAUAAGCAGCUGCAGGAGUAGGCCUCCUCUUUUCAAAAGCAGGAUACGGCAGGGGGGUGAAAUGCAAGAUUCUCUGAUGUUUGAAAAUCUCCCGAGUUGAGAAUGGCUACUGUAAAAACGUUGCCAAGAAACUCUGACAAUCUGGACAGUCAUAACUAUGUGUUAGCAGUACUUCCUUCAGGAAAAUUAAGGCUACUUCUUGUAGAUUUUUGCAAAUAGGAAACCCCCCACCCCCCAAAGAAGAGGAUCUCAAAUUACCCCAAAAAAAAAAAAAAAAAAGAUAAAUAGAGAAGAACAAAGUUUUGGCAUGCCUGCAGGUACAGUGAUUUUUUUAGAAACUACCUAGGAGGCAGAAGCUAAGUGUUGAUUUGCCCAUGCCUCUUACCUGGGAGUAGAAGGUGGGAAGAAAUGGACAGAGGCUGUGACGAGAAGACAAGGCACGGUGCAGCUUGGUGAAGCCACACGCUGAUUGCGUUCUGCCCCCUCUUCAUGCAGUGCUGCGGGCUGGUGCAUCGCCGGCGAGUACGGGUGUCCUAUGGUUCAGCAGACUCCUACACCAGUCGUCCAUCCGAUUCAGAUGUGUCUCUGGAGGAGGACCGCGAGGCAGUGCGCAGAGAGGCUGAGCGGCAGGCCCAGGCACAGUUGGAAAAAGCAAAGACAAAGCCCGUUGCAUUUGCAGUUCGGACAAAUGUCAGCUACAGUGCAGCCCAUGAAGAUGAUGUUCCGGUGCCAGGCAUGGCCAUCUCAUUUGAAGCAAAAGAUUUUCUGCAUGUUAAGGAAAAAUUUAACAAUGACUGGUGGAUAGGGCGAUUGGUUAAGGAAGGCUGUGAAAUCGGAUUCAUUCCAAGCCCGGUCAAACUAGAAAACAUGAGGCUACAGCAUGAACAGAGAGCCAAGCAAGGGAAAUUCUACUCCAGUAAAUCAGGAGGAAAUUCAUCAUCUAGUUUGGGUGACAUGGUACCUAGUUCCAGAAAAUCUACACCUCCAUCGUCUGCUAUAGACAUAGAUGCUACUGGCUUAGAUGCAGAAGAAAAUGAUAUUCCAGCAAACCACCGGUCCCCUAAACCCAGUGCAAACAGUGUAACGUCACCCCACUCCAAAGAGAAAAGAAUGCCCUUCUUUAAGAAGACAGAGCACACUCCUCCUUACGAUGUGGUACCUUCCAUGCGACCAGUGGUCCUAGUGGGUCCUUCCCUGAAGGGGUAUGAGGUCACAGAUAUGAUGCAAAAAGCAUUGUUUGAUUUUUUAAAACACCGAUUUGAAGGACGGAUAUCCAUCACAAGGGUCACUGCUGACAUCUCCCUUGCCAAACGCUCAGUAUUAAACAAUCCCAGUAAGCAUGCAAUAAUAGAAAGAUCCAACACAAGGUCAAGCUUAGCGGAAGUUCAGAGUGAAAUUGAAAGGAUUUUUGAGCUUGCAAGAACACUGCAGUUGGUAGUCCUUGAUGCAGAUACGAUUAAUCAUCCCGCUCAACUCAGUAAAACCUCCUUGGCUCCUAUUAUAGUAUAUGUAAAGAUUUCUUCUCCGAAGGUUUUACAAAGGUUAAUAAAGUCUCGAGGGAAAUCUCAAGCUAAACACCUCAAUGUCCAGAUGGUAGCAGCUGAUAAACUGGCUCAGUGUCCUCCAGAAUUGUUUGACGUGAUCUUGGAUGAGAACCAGCUCGAGGAUGCCUGUGAGCACCUUGCUGACUAUCUGGAAGCCUACUGGAAGGCCACUCACCCUCCCAGUAGCAGUCUACCCAACCCUCUCCUUAGCCGUACUUUAGCUGCUUCAACUCUGCCUCUUAGCCCCACCCUAGCCUCUAAUUCACAGGGUUCUCAAGGUGAUCAAAGGACUGAUCGCUCUGCUCCUAUUCGUUCUGCUUCCCAAGUUGAAGAAGAACCUAGCCUGGAACCAGUCAAGAAAUCCCAGCAUCGUUCUUCCUCCUCAGCCCCACACCACAACCAUCGCAGUGGUACAAGUCGAGGCCUCUCCAGGCAAGAGACAUUUGACUCCGAAACCCAGGAGAGUCGAGACUCUGCCUACGUGGAGUCAAAGGAAGACUAUUCCCAUGAACACGUGGACCACUAUGCCUCACACCGUGACCAUAACCACAGAGAUGAGACCCAUGGCAGCAGUGACCACAGACACAGGGAGUCUCGGCACCGUUCCAGGGACAUGGAUCGAGAGCAGGACCACAAUGAGUGCAACAAACAACGAAGCCGUCAUAAAUCCAAGGAUCGCUACUGUGACAAGGAUGGAGAAGUAAUAUCCAAAAAACGGAAUGAGGCUGGGGAGUGGAACAGGGAUGUUUACAUCCGCCAAUGACUUUGUCCUUUUGUGUGUGUGUGUGUUUUUUUUUUUAUUUUAAGUCUUGUAUAACAGCACCCUCAAACAAAAUCUUUGGGGUUUACAUUGCAAUCAUAUGUGAUCUGUCUUGUAACAUUUUGUAUUGCUGUUGCUUGAAUAGCAAUAGCAUAAAAUAGAGUAUUAAUAUACUUUUUUUUCUUUUGUAAGUGCUAUAUAAAUUGGCCUGGUAUGGCUGCAGUCCUCCGGUUAUGUACUGGACUCUUCAAAAACUGUUUUGGGUAGCUGCCACUUGAACAAAAUCUGUUGCCAUCCAGGUGAUAUUAGUGUUUUCAGAGAUGUAGCUGAUAUUUUCAGAAAUGUGGAUGUAUCCAGCAAGCCAGAAUCAGUACAGAUAAAAGUGGAAUUUAUUUCUCCAGAUUUUUGAUAUGCAGGUACCUGAUUUGCAUAAUCAUUCAUUCACGGACCACUGUUUCUUGCUUGUACCUCUGGCUGACUAAAUUUGGGGACAGAUUCAGUCUUGCCUUACACAAAGGGGAUCAUAAGGUUAGAAUCUAUUUUCUAUGUACUAGUACUGUGUACUGUAUAGACAGUUUGUAAAUGUUAUUUCUGCAAACACCUUCUUAUAAUUAUAUAAUAUAUAUAUCUAUAUAUAUAUAUAUAUAUCAGUUUGAUCACACUAUUUUAGAGUCUUAUGCCAAGUCAGAGUUGCUUUAUGAAUUACAGGGACUAGAAAUGCCCACAUUCAGGAAAUUUGUAAUAACAUUGUCUAGACACUUAUCUUCAUUCUAGUAGAAAGUCUGUACAUACUGUAAAUAUGUGUGAUUGCCUGACUCGAAAAGGUUUGAUUUCUGAAUGUUAUACCAUCCUUGUAAGUUUAUAAUUUUCACCAUAAAUUAUGGGAACUAUAACUAAACUCCAGAGGUUGUUCUACUCCAUACAGUUCACCCUGAUUGUGACAAACACAUUCUUAGUAGCUAGUGUCUGUUAUAGUCACUGCACUGGAGUAUUUGAGCCGGAACCCGCUGUAUGCACGUGUGUGUCUGUAUGUAAGAGUGUGCACUGUAUAUAGGAGUGAUUGGUUGAGAUGAAUUGGAAUGCUGAAGACUAAUGAAGAAGCUAGAGGCUGAGGUCGAGAAUUCUGCCCACCUGGCUUCGUAUUUAAUUGUGCUACAUGUUGCUUUAUCCACUGAGCAGUCAGGGAACAUGAGGAAGCUUGCUGCCAAAGGUACUAGGAAAGCAUUCAUCUGCUAGCUCCUUGUUUUUGCUCUUAGAGAGUAAAAAUACAGGCAACUUUUACUGUGAGUGUUUCACUGGAAAUGUACAAUCUUUGUGCGUUAGAGUAUUUGUUUUAGUAAGAAACGUUUACACAGCUUGUGGAAUUAUUUCAUGGGAAAAUAAAUUUUUAUAACUCCUCCCACUUCA